GGCCGCCGCCGCUGCUGCCGCUGCUUCCGCUCCUGACCGCAGACGGUGCUAAUGCUACAAAAACCCGACGGCGGAGUGACAGUGAGAUGAGAUACUGUGUGCAGCGGCGGCUGCUGGGUGAUUUCACUGAGGAGGCAGUCUAUGCAACAAGCCUGGCUGCAACACAUGUACACACACCGUCUGUUUUUUUACAAAAUGUCUAAUCUGAAGGCCUGGCUGGAAGAUGAACACAGGUCGGAGUUAAUUCUCAAGCAUCAGCUGAAGGCCCUGAGUGAAGCCCUCAGUCAGCAGCUGCAGGAGACAGACAACAGACACAUAGAGGAGCUGGAGAGGAGGAUUCAUCAGGACGCUCUACUGUCAACAGAUGUACACCAAGAGUCCGGGGUUAAAAAAGAACUGAACCGUCAGACCAAACAUUUAGAAAUGAGAAGAUCCAUCUCAGCCCUGACCUCAGACAAAGACACCCCACAUCGUCUCAGACAGGCAGAGAAGCCCAUCUCGUCCUCCUCACCCUGGGUACAUUGUUCAGUCAGGGCUUCCACGCAGACUCCUACCAAGACACCACAGUGUGAACGGGUCGCUUCAUCGAUAACAGCACAGAUGCACAAAGAAGAGGAGGCCAAUGCUGAGUGCCAGAGGAAGUUCAGUGCUCUCCCGGUCCCCAGCCGUGUCAUCCAGCCCCUCUAUCAGGAAAUGAUGGAGCGGAGGGAGAAAGAGAGGCAGCAGGGUCACGAGCAGCGGAAGAACUUCUUGCUCUCCGCACAAAAACCUUUCAGUUUCCAGGAAAGAGAAAAGGAGAAACGGGAGAAGCUGAUAGCCUCACAGGACCAGGAAAACAAGGUACCUACCGUCGGGAAACCUCGUCGCAAACUGGAAAAAGACUCGCUACAUUCUGAGUUGAAAGACCAGGAGGAGGUGUGCAGGACAGUCCACACUCAGGCAACUGUGCGACAGGAGAACUCCUCUGCCCCCUUAAUCCCGAAACGUCGCUCUGCUGAGCACACCAGGAAAGAAAAGCUGGGGUUCCUGGACGAGAAGCCGAGCUUCCAGCCAAAAAUCAUCCCUCAGGUCCCCGAUUUCAGCCGGUUGCACAAGGCCUUGCAGACAGAGGCGCUGAGAAAAACCGAGAGUAGAGAUGUGACAAAGUGUCGGCCCUUCCACCUCAGAACAUCAGCCCUGCCGGAAAGGCAAAGAAUGAUGAGCCCAAAGAAAUCACAGGAACCAAAAUUAAGUCUCAGUAGGAGUAAGUCACUUGGGGCCUUAACAUCACUGUCCCCAGACACACUCCCCACAUACAUCACAGACGCUGUGAGGAAGCGCGGCAUGGCCAUCAGAAAGUCACUGGAGAUGAGGGACAGUAAAAAUCACGAACAUGCAGAGUGGUUGAGGAAGUACCAAACUAGGUCCCAGGCCAUGAAGAAGACAGUUGCCCUCCAUGCAAAGUUUCUGGACCCACACAGCAGCCUGAAAGAAGUGUGUGAUGAAAAACUAAAGCAACAUAUGAUGGCUGACCAGCAAAGGAUGAGAGAGUACAUGAACGAAUUACAGCGCAUGAAGGCACGAGUUAGCGAACGCCCUUAUUUGUUCGAGCAGGUGAAACAGAGAAAUGCAAAGGCCCUUGCAGAGCAGACGUACAGGAGCCAGCUGAAGAAAGCUGGGUUGAAGGAGCGAUUUGUUGAAGAAAAAGGUGCAGCACUUGAAGGAACAUCAGUCUCGUUCAGUUCCGAGGAGGACUCCGACGUACAUGACCACAGACAUGGAGAUGACAUUCGUAGCAGGGAAGAAAAUGUAGACGACGGUGAGAAAAUUGAAGAUGUGGAAGAGGAGAGCGUGAAGUCCAAGAGGGAAGAAAUGCCAUGAUCAAAAAGGUUCAGACGGCACCGAUUUUUCUGUGGCCUCUCCACUAGAAAACAACACUGUCCUCAAAAAUGAUUCAUGUUAUGGCUGUCCGCACCGAGCGUUUGAUAGUCUAAGAUGUGCAAGUAUAAAUUAUGAAAUUACAAAACAUUUAAACUUUGACAGUCACAAUUGUUAGGGAUUACAGCUGGAAGCGAAUACAAGUUUAUACAACUGCAUACUUUUUUAUAUGCAUAUGAAAUUAAUAUGUAAUUAGUAUUCUAUGUGCUUUGAGUUUAAUACACAAUCACACACAUACAAAAUGAGGACACCACUUGAGACCAGUGUGUAAUUUGUCUUUUAUCAACUCCAACUGUCAGUAGCCAUAUAAAAAAAGAUUACACGUAUGAAGUUAGAUAUUAUAUCUGCCACUUCUCCUAUAUACUUUACUUAGUUUAGUGACACAAGUUCGGUAAAUGUAUAUAUUUUAAUUGGACGGGUCACGAAGCGUCCGACGUGCGUCCUUUCUGAGGCGGCCGGGUUAGAGUUCCCAGUUAUUUGCGCAGCCACUCUGGCACCUAAAUAAACAGCCAUCACCGUGCUGCUGCAUUCACACAGAGCAGCUCGGUGGUUUGCUCCGAGCACAUUGACCCACAUCAAAUGCUCUUGUUGUUACGCCGUUCACUGUCUGCUUGUGCUUAGACAGCUGACUUCCAGAAAUUGGAGAGAUAAUUUUCACUUUCAAACCACAUGGGAAAGUCUGGAUGUAUAUAAUCAUAAUCAAAAAGUCAUUGUGUAGACCGGUACAUACCAUAUGGUUACUUUUUGUAGGCUAGUGUGUCAUUCAUUGAAGCUGUUGAGGUCAAUGUUUGCAUGAGCUCAGGUCAAAAUAUUGCUAGAAAUCACUGAGUUAGUUUUCUUUAGGUAUGUCUAUGGAAAUCUUGUACGUUGCAGAUAAAUGCCCCAUAUGUCAUACAGAGAAUGACAGAUAAUGUGACUUACAGUAUUCAGUAUGAUUUUCAGGGUUGUAAAAUAAGCAUGCUUUCAUUUAUUUUGCACAAUUGCUAAGAUUAAAAAAAACUGAAAAGAC